CAGCAUUAGAAAGUACUAUAUCAAACCACUCUGGGUCAUUUUUACUGUCCUUUCUUUUUCAUUUGCCUUGCAACAUACUAUUUAUUUUGUGGUAAAAUGUUUGCUUGACCCUUUAUUGCAUUUAUAUUGUAAUUGUCAUAAUUAUUUUUCUUUCUUGCAUUUUAUGUUAAACCAGUUUUCUUCUGACAUGACAUCUGUGGUGUACUUUAACAAUGAAUCAUUUAUUCACCCUCCCACAUUUUAUAUCAAUGGAUUUUACAAUGUGCCACAUGUAAAGUAUUACCAUAUAUUUUUAUGCUUUGUGUAUGCUGUGACGGUUUUUGGUAAUUCUUUUAUAAUGGGCACUAUUUACCUGGCUCGUGCUCUUCACACGGCAAAGUAUAUAGCUGUAUUCAAUUUGGCAGUGUCUGAUUUGUGUGGAAGCACUGCUUUAAUUCCAAGGUAUGCAGACAUGUUUCUGUUUGAUAAACAGUAUAUAUCUUACGGAGAGUGUCUGGCAAGCAUGUUUUUUGUUUUUCUCUUUACGUCCAUGCAGUCUUUUAAUCUGCUUGCUUUGGCCUUUGAUAGAGUCAUUGCUAUAUGUUUUCCUCUGAGGUAUCAUGCUAUUGUCACCAAAACUACAAUGAUGAGGAUUAUUGGUGUUAUGUGGGUUUUGUCUGUGUGUAUUAUUGCUCUUCUUGUAUCUCUAAUAACCAGACUCACCUUCUGUGCAUCUAUAGUCACAAUUGAAAGCUAUUUCUGUGAUCAUGGCCCUGUUUUCAAAAUAUCAUGUAAUGAUAAUUUGCCCAGUGGGAUAAUGGCCUAUGUUUAUUCUGCUGUUAUGAUUUUUAUUCCAUUGUUAUUAAUAGCAUUUUCAUAUGGUUGUAUUGGUUUUGCAUUGCUUAAGAUCUCACAUGGUGCUGAGCGAAUGAAAGCUAUGAAAACAUGCACUUCCCACCUUAUAUUAGUAGCUAUGUUUUAUCUACCAAUCUUAAGUGUCUAUUUUCUUGCUGUUACAACAUAUGUACAUCCAAAUACUAGAAUAAUCAAUUCAAUCUUAACAUCAACUGUUCCACCUAUGUUAAAUCCCAUCAUAUAUACUCUGAAGACAGAGGAGGUAUUACAGUCUAUUAAACUACUGUACAAACGAAUCAAGGUGAACAAUAUAAAACAACCUGUGAAAAGCAUCAGGAGGAAUUAAACUGUUAUGAUAAGCACCUUAAUGCAGUCUGUUAGCAUAAAGCAAUACUCCAUGAUUGUAGUGUUUAAAUUUGUGAUUUCUUUAGGUGUAUAUCUAAAUAAAGGACUAAAAAUAAAGGGCUA